AUGGCUGCAUCGCUAUUGGCGGAAAAAAUAGCCAACAAUGACGACCUCCUCGAUCAAAUCCUUGACCGACUGCCAAUAAAAUCCCUGAUUAGACUACAAUCAGUAUCCAAACACUGGCUAUCUCUCGUCUCCACCGUUUACUCUCGCCGUAAUACUCGCCCAAACUCCGCCAGCGGCUUAAUCAUGUUCUGCAACAGUUAUACUUUCAUAGAUUUCAUCGAUUUCAACCUCAGAAACACCACCCACUUCAAAUUCUCCGGCGGCCCCGGGCCCUUGAAAUCUCUUCCAUUCCUUGAAAGCAAUGCAAAAGAAGGUAUUGAUCUCUUGCACGCCUGUAAUGGGUUAUUGCUAUUUCGUACCCUAGAUAGGAAUUUCUACGUAGCCAAUCCCACCACAAAGCAAUGUAUGAAACUUCCUCGGCCUCCAUCAUUGGCUCGCAAUAAUGGAUGUUUCAUCUUCAAUUUAGCUUAUGAUCAUUGUAAGUCGAAGCAUUACUUCAAAGUUGUUUGCGUUACAAAGAGUGGCUAUGGAUCACACAAGAUUGAUAUUUACUCAUCCCAGACAGGUCGUUGGAAGCACUCCGGUUUUUUCAAUGAGUACAUGCAUUUAAAUCUUGAUGAUUAUGAUGGUUGUUCUCUUGGUGGUGUCUUUUGGAAUGGUGCUAUUCAUUGGAUUCGGGUCGGCCGUUUAGUGUAUUUCAAUGUCGAGGAAGGAGUAUUAAAUAUAAAGGGACUGCCAUUGCCCAGGGACGUCGACAACAUGUCAAAACCAAGGAUCAACUGGUAUUUCGAGGAGUCGAGAGACCAUUUGCUUUUCAUUGCUACCUUCUUGCUAAAUGGGUUUCAUGAUGUGAAUCCGGAGUUUGAUAUCUAUGAGUUGGAGAGGGACUAUUCCAAAUGGACGUUCAAGUUCCAUGUUGAUCUCCGUGAAUCUGUAUUGCCUUUUGUACCAAAAUAUAAUGGCAUCUUUCACAUAAUUUUUGUUGCUCCAAGUAAGAAAGAUGAAGAAUCGUACAUGGUACUCCAAACAUCGGGUAUACUUGUAGUUUACUACUUCAAGACUCAAACUUUGACUCAAAUUGUUUCGCAUCCUUCAAGAAUGAUUAACUUACCUUUUCAAUAUUUUUAUCCCUACAUUGAAAGUGUCGCUCGGCUUAAUUUGAAUGCUGAUCAAUGA